UAUCGUUGACUCACACCGAUUGUUCAACAAACAAAUCGAUAUUUCCUAGCUUCAAGAACAAGUUUCCAUGGUCGAAGCAGAGCCAUUGAUCAAAUACCGGUUAAUUGCUGAUAAGAGCAAAUGAGGUUGUACCAGCGAUGUUAGAUGUUCUCCAGUCAAAGUAGAUCUUUUCAACACACCACGAUGUAUCAACCACUGAACAAAGAAAACCUGUUCACCAAAUACAGUCGGAUAGCCGGCGUUGUUGCCGCCUAUUGGGUUAUAUCUAUUUUGACCGUCUUCGUGAACAAGGCACUGCUCAGCGGACUGCAGCUCGAUGCUCCACUAUUCGUGACGUGGUUCCAGGUGCUCACAUCGUCAUCAAUAUGUUUUAUUAUGAGUUGCCUGGGCAAGCGGUAUCCGCAGGUGAUUACCUUCCCCGAGGGAAAUCCCUUCGAUAGGGACACGUUUCGCAAAGUGGUUCCGCUGUCUAUCCUUUUCACUGCCAUGAUAGCCACCAACAAUCUCUGCCUCAAGUACGUCGGAGUAGCCUUCUACUACGUUGGCCGCUCUUUGACGACCGUUUUCAAUGUGAUAUUGACCUAUCUUCUGCUGGGCCAGAAGACCAGCUCCAAAGCAUGCCUAUGCUGUGUGCUAAUCAUUGCCGGAUUUUGGAUCGGCGUGGACCAGGAAAGCUUAACCGAAUCGUUCUCGCUUAUCGGAACCGUUUUUGGAGUGCUAGGUUCGCUAAGUCUUUCACUGUAUUCCAUCUAUACCAAGCGGACCCUUCCACACGUGAAUCAGCAAGUUUGGCUGCUGAGCUACUACAACAACGUCUACUCCGCGGUUCUGUUCAUCCCGCUGAUGAUCGUAAACGGUGAGGUGCAGGAAGUGUUGAACUACAAACAUCUGCUUGAACCUUGGUUUUGGGGUGUUAUGACGAUCGGCGGGGUGUGUGGAUUUGCCAUUGGCUUUGUGACGACCCUACAGAUUAAGGUUACCUCGCCCCUGACACACAACAUAUCCGGUACGGCGAAAGCUUGCGCUCAGACGGUGAUUGCGUCGUCCUGGUAUCAGGAAUCCAAAUCGUUCCUCUGGUGGACCUCGAACGUUGUCGUACUGCUUGGUUCCGCCUUCUAUACGCGCGUCAAGCAGGUCGAAAUGGACCAAACGCAUCGCGAACAAAUGAGCAGUCAGAAGGUUUGAGUAACAGGGUAUAUUUUAGGUUUUUCUUAUACAAAAGUACAGGACUAAGUUAAACAAAACAAGAUCAACUUAAAAUAAAACAUUAACGUAGCAGAACAAUUCCAUAAAUGUGUUCUGUGUGA